AUGGGGAACUAUGUAUCUUGCGCGCUAGCAGGGCCUUUGAUGAAGACUAAUAAGGCUGCAAGGGUGAUUUUUCCGACCGGGGAAGUGCGGCAGUUCCGGGAGCUGGUGAAGGCGGCGGAGCUUAUGUUGGAGUGUCCGAAUUUCUUCUUGGCGAAUUCUCAGUCUCUUAAUAUUGGCAGGAGGUUUUCUCCUCUAAGUGCGGAUGAGGAAUUGGAGCUUGGAAAUGUUUACCUUAUGUUCCCAAUGAAGAGAGUGAGUUCUGUGGUCACUGCUGCCGAUAUGGCUGUGUAUUUCAUGGUGGCUAAUUCUGCUGCGAAGCGGAUAUCGGGCGGUAAACUGAAGGUUUUGCCGGAGUCUGGAGGUGGACGCAGCGAUGAUGUUGGAGAAAAUUCCCCAGAGAGGAUUGAAUCCGGAUUGAGUUUCGAGGGGGUGGAGGAGUUUCAGGUGUCUGAGUUUAAGUACAGAAUAGCUUCUUGUAGAUCAAGAAAGCCUGCUUUGGAGACUAUAAGAGAAGAACCAAUUGAAGAUGUGUACAUAAUGUUUGAUCUUAUUGUGAUGGGUCAUUUGCUGGACACCCAAGGAAGUGUUAUUGGACUAAUGUUGGCAACAUGUGAUUCUACUUUACUGGACUAA